UGAAAUGGAAAAUGAUGAAUUUAUAUUACCUGGUGAAACAAAUAAAGAAGUUGGUUUAGCUACUUUAAAAACAAUUGAAAGUCUUAAAGGUGCGGAAAGUAUUAUUGAAGCACUUGAUAUUUGGCGUGAAGAAAAAUUAAAACUUGCUGAACAUGAAGCAACACAAAAAGCACUAGGAAAAGAAAUACCUUCACCACCACCUCAUAUUAUGUUACAAGCAUUAGGAAAUGGUUAUACAGCUGAACGUUUUGUACUUGAAUCAUUGAGAAAAGUUUCAGCGAGUGAUUUGGAAGCAAUGCUUCUUCUUCUACCAUUUGAUUAUGUUCAAAAAUUGUUAUCACUACUCGUUUAUUAUCUCGAUCGAUUUCAAUCACCAGAACUCUGUGUUAAAUGUGCUGUGUUUUUAAUCAAAAUUCAUCAUGGUGUAUUAACAUCAUCUCAUCAAUAUUUAAAUAUUGUCGAACAAUUACGAACAUGUUGUAUCGAUACAGUAGAAAAAUUACGAAAUAAUGUUGGAUUUAAUCUCGCUGGUUUAAAAUUAAUUCGACGCCAAAUUGAAGAACAAAAUGAUGUUAUUCUCUUUGCUGAUGCAACACAAAAAUUAUCAUCAAAUGAAACAAAAAAACGUAAAAAAGGAAAAUCAUCAGCUACUAUUUUGACUAUUAAGGGAACAUCAGCACUUGCUUGA